UCAGAUUUGAUCAGAACCGUUGAAGGAGAAGAUUACAACAUUACUUGUUUGCGAUCAGCUAAUGACACCAACGCAACAAACAGCUUCAAUUUCUCUUGGCACAGAUCUGGCGAAGACGAUGCUAUAUCAAACGCAAAGCUAUUAAAAAUUUUGGACAUUAAAAGGAACAGUUCGGGGAAUUACAGCUGUACUGCAACAAACAAUACCGCAAACUUGGUUAGGAAUAUCACAGUGAUUGUGUACUGUAAGUACACAGUUAUGAAAAAAUACUCUGCCAAAGACAUCUUUUAAGUCUUAAAUUGGGUUUAAUCAUUCAUUAAGACUAUUUUACAUAAUGUUUGUAAUUAUCGUUAGCUUUUUUAAUGUCAUUAUCCGCAUUAUCAUUAGAGUUAUCAUUCUUGUUAUUAUACAAUGGGCUUACUAUGAAAAUUCUGUCUUGUUGAGAGGUUUCAAUCAAUAUCCAAUGACUACAGCGGAUGUUGCAUCCAUUAUGUCAAUGAUGUAUCCUCAAACUCUUGCAAACUCAAAGCAAAAUGGCUUCGUUUGGGGAAUGUUUAAAAAAGAUGUAUUACAAAACAAUUAUAAAUUGUUGAAUUCGGUUUUCGCAUGAAAUCAUGCUCAACCUCAUCGAAUAAUUGACUACUACAAUUAUCAUCAUCAUUUUCACUUUAUCUGCUCCUAUCAGCAUCAUCAUUACUAUGAACCACAUAGACUCAGGAGGGAACGUUACAGAAAACCAAUCUUUUCCAACAAAACUGUUUUGCCAUGUUAGUGCCAAUCCCUUAUCUAAAAUACAUUUGGCUCUUCCAAACGGCUCCGAUAUUUUAUUAAGAAACAACGAAAUUCUUGCACCGCAAAUGCCCGCAAGACAGCAUGAACAAAUAAAAAACAGAUGCAGAAAAAUCCCCGAGACGUAGAUAAUUUUUAAAUAAUUUUUUUUUGUAUUCUUCAGAUAAACCUGAAAUAAACAGAACAGGUCUUUUGUCUCAAAUAAACUCAUCGCUUUACCAAAAUUCCUCACUAAUCUGCCGCGCAGAAGGGAAUCCGACACCGGAAAUCUCAUGGUCAAAAGACGGACGUGUGAUAUGGAAUGGAACCAUAUCUGGGAUUUUUGAUAUCUAUCCUUCUAAGGCAGAGGAGUUUGGUAACUACACUUGUGUGGCACAGAAUAAACUUGGAAAGGAUAAACUACACGUUGAAGUAAUACGAACAGGUCAGAGAAACUACCUACACUUGAUGAUACUUGACAAAUACUCUGUCUGAUUCUGGUAACUGAAUUUACUCCUUCCAAAAUAAAAUUAAGUGAAACCUAAACAAAAGAUCGGAAGUACAUGGCCAGUUGUCACGUGUGUAAUUUCUUGUGUGCAAUUUUUCAAUGUGUGCAACAGGAUGAACUGUCAUUGAAUGCAGUUGAAGAUGUCAUAGCGGACAGUUUACUGUGCACCAUCGAAUACUGUACAAUGUCCUUUACCUCCUUGGUACAGGUAACAGCUGAUUCCCGACUGAGGCCUGAUGUUAGAUGCUUCCUCGAAAUUUUGACUUCUUAAACCUUUUAUAAAAUUUAGAGCAGUCUGUUUUACUUUAGUUUAAACCAUCCUAGAGAAAACGACUCAUUCAUUCAGGGCCCUCUGUGCAAUUACGCUGCGUAUGUAAUUUGUUUUAUCAUUCAAAAUCUUCCCGUUGCAGCCUUUCCACCUGACCCACCAACCAUCACAAAUACAUUUUUACAACUAAUCGACCCUUCUCUCACCCUUCGAUGGACAAAACCUGAAGAAAAUGGCAGACCAAUUUUUAAAUACGUGAUCUGUCACCGGGUGUUGAACUCAAGUCAAUGGAACGAAACAGACGUUGGAAACAUCUUGAACUAUAGUUUCACGCUGAACUGGGGCGUGUCCUAUGAAUUUGCUCUAAUGGCCGUAAACAACCAAGGCCAGAGUAAUAAAAGUAAACUGGAGACUUUCACUGUUGUACCUGGUAAGCCAUGUGUUCUAACGUAGUAAUCAGAUGAGCGUUAUGGAAGUCUUUCCACGUGUUACUCGCUCUUGAGCGAGCUGGCUUAAGUAUGAACCAUAACAAGGAGAAGCGUUUUGUAUUCUACAACAGGACGCUUUAUUUCAAUGUACCUUACUACCCAGGGGUUUAAAUGGAUACUAGUUAAUUGUUAGAGGAAGAAAAUGUUGGCGAAUGGCAUGCAUUGAACUGGCAUUCCAUUAUAUGUCCCCAGUCGAGUCAGUCGAGGACAGAAACGGGAAAAGGCCAUUGAAGCUGUGAGAAUCCGAAUAAUUCUUACCUUGUAUCAAAAACUGUUUGGGAUACACUUCUUACAAAACGAGAACACUAACAAACAUAUUUAUUAUGCUUCAGCUUUUACUACUUCAAUUCUGCUUUUUUCCAGAACCAACACCAUCGACUGCCAAACACACAACGAUAAUUCUAGGUGAGAGACUACAUGUCCCCGGUCGAGUCAUGGGUCAGAAACGGGAAAAGGCCAUCGAAGCUCUGAGAAUCCGAUCAAUUCUUAAUAAAUUAAUUGUUAGCUAUAGAGGAAGAAAAUGUUGGCGAAUGGCAUGCAUUGAACUGGCAUUCCAUUAUAUGUCCCCAGUCGAGUCAGUCGAGGACAGAAACGGGAAAAGGCCAUUGAAGCUGUGAGAAUCCGAAUAAUUCUUACCUUGUAUCAAAAACUGUUUGGGAUACACUUCUUACAAAACGAGAACACUUACAAACAUAUUUAUUAUGCUCCAGCUUUUACUACUUCAAUUCUGCUUUUUUCCAGAACCAACACCAUCGACUGCCAAACACACAACGAUAAUUCUAGGUGAGAGACUACAUGUCCCCGGUCGAGUCAUGGGUCAGAAACGGGAAAAGGCCAUCGAAGCUCUGAGAAUCCGAUCAAUUCUUAAUAAAUUAAUUGUUAGCUAUAGAGGAAGAAAAUGUUGGCGAACGGCAUGCACUGAACUAGCAUUCCAUUAUAUGUCCCCGGUCGAGUCAUGGGACAGAAACGAGAAAAGGCCAUUGAAGCUGUGAGAAUCCGAAUACUUCUUACCUUGUAUCAAAAACUGUUUGAGAUACACUUCUUACAAAACGAGAACACUUACCAACAUAUUUAUUAUGCUCCAGCUUUUACCACUUUACUUCUGCUUUUUCCAGAACCAACAUCAUCGACUGCCAAACCCACAACGAUAACUACAGGUGAGAGACUACAUGUCCCCAGUCGAGUCAUGGGACAGAAACGAGAAAAGGCCAUUGAAGCUGUGAGAAUCCGAAUAAUUCUUACCUUGUAUCAAAAACUGUUUGAGAUACACUUCUUACAAAACGAGAACACUUACCAACAUAUUUAUUAUGCUCCAGCUUUUACCACUUUACUUCUGCUUUUUCCAGAACCAACAUCAUCGACUGCCAAACCCACAACGAUAACUACAGGUGAGAGACUACACGUCCCCAGUCGAGUCAUGGGACAGAAACGAGAAAAGGCCAUUGAAGCUGUGAGAAUCCGAAUAAUUCUUACCUUGUAUCAAAAACUGUUUGAGAUACACUUCUUACAAAACGAGAACACUUACCAACAUAUUUAUUAUGCUCCAGCUUUUACCACUUUACUUCUGCUUUUUCCAGAACCAACAUCAUCGACUGCCAAACCCACAACGAUAACUACAGGUGAGAGACUACAUGUCCCCAGUCGAGUCGUGGGACAGAAACGGGAAACGGUCACCGAAGCUCUGAGAAUCCGAUCAAUUCCUACCUAGUAUUAAAAACGGUUUGCAAUACACUUCAUACAAAACGAGAACACUCGCAAAAAUAUUUAUUAUGCUCUAGUUUUUACUGCUCCAAUUCUGUUUUUUUUUCAGAACCAACAUUAUCGACUGCCAAACCCACAACGACAACUUCAGGUGAGAUAUACAGGUUGUAUCCAUUAUAUGCAAGCGUAGAUGUGAGUUACAAGGGCCGAUAUGGAGACGAUCUUGUGGGGUUACUUUGACCAGGUAUCGUGCAUUGUCAAGAUUCGAAGGGAAUUCCUCCAUCCCCCCUUCUUUCUCGUCAGACUGGUUGCGCAGUUCCAACGUCAAUUAUUAUUCAAUUGACUUGACGUCAAUUAUUGUAUUAAUUGCUGAGGCGGAUAGCUUAGGCGGUAUUCUGCCCUGCAACUGAUAUCCCGCGUCGUGUAUACGCCAGUUUUGCGAAACAACCUCAUCUAUUUUAACAUGAUUUCCAGAGCUCGAAUACGAUAUGGCUCAUAAAAUCAUCCUAUGGGAGCGAUGGAGUUUAAAUUUUCUUGCUAUCUAUAUCGAUAUUCGUCACGCACCAUCCGUCAAGAGUACAUUCAACAGAAUAUAUUAUCCUUUGUCCAACAUUAAUCACAACUACGAAGACUAAAUCGACCUUAUCUGUAUCAAUUUCUGGAUAGCCAUAACUUGAUAUCUGUUCGACAGAAAUUCAUUGACGCCACCAUUUCUCUUUUGGGGAAAGGCUUGUUAUAAUGAACAUUUGUUUUACAGUCGAAUCGAAAGUGCAACGACAUAAUCGAAUUUCCAGAUCCGAGAAAAAUUGCCUUCUCAACAUUCAGUCACAAAAUUGAGAUGAGUUAUUGCUCGUUGUAUGAAACGACGAUGGAAGAUAGAACUGGAGCCCUGAUUUUCGGGAGAAAAAGAGUCGUUGGCGUAAAUAAUUAAAUAUGUAAGGAAUGGAAAAGAAAAGCCACCUUUGACAACUGAAAGUAAGAUAGAUACAUGAAAUUUUGAUCAUAUAACUUCAAGAGCUGUGAUUAAAUUAUGUGAAUUGGCUACUUUCUUUCUUGUGUCACAGAAGGCUCAAAUGUCCCCUUAUAUGCUGCUGCUGUCGGUGGCGGCGUUGGUUUUCUUGCAAUUGUUAUAGUGGUUGGUUGCUGUAUUAAAAGAAAGCGUAAUACAGGUGAGUUUACUUUGUGAAUUGGACUGUACUUUGUAACAUAAAUUUUACCAGGUAGAUAAGUAUAAUUUGCCCGGCACGUUUCUAUGCCCGUAACUGGAUGCUAAGCGUUUGAUAAACAUCAUUCUUCGAUUUUCUAAGUCCGCUAUUUCUUAGUUUUUAGCAGUUGUCACGAGUGAAUCUUGGUAAAAGAAGUUUUAACAAGAGCUCUUAAGUCUUAAGUUGUGAAGGGUUUUAUGAGUGGAGCCAUAGUGUGCAAUGUCUUUCGAUUUACCUGGUUUAUCCAUGUACUUUUUGUCCUGUUUAGGUUACCCCCGCAUGCAUGUGCAAGGGGAACAUGUGACGGAACUGAAGACAGCAAUUGAACACGCUUAUAGGAAAAGUAUACCCCAGAUUAUAAGAAAUUUUUCCUAUGUCAUUAAAAGGAAAAAAGUCCAAUUGUGAAAAUGAGCGCGCUUCGUUCCUCUAAACGCCUUUCUAAACUGAGAAAAUUUGUCCCCGAAAGUGGAAAGGUUUAUUAAAGCAUUUUCAUUUUCAACCCUGCUCAAAAAACGUAGCCAUUUAAGCUCAUUUACCAUUUCUCUUUUAUCAAUUUCUGCGGAGCAUGCUUGAAAAACACGUUUCGAAGCAGAAAGCGUUGUUGAACCAGAUAAAGGGACUUUGGUUUGUAAACUGGGGAUUGGGUUUCCCGCCAGGAAAGGUAUUUUAAGAAAGUGUUGGAAAUACAAGGUUACUCUUUGGAGUCCCAAAAACCGAUCAGUACUUCAAUUUCAUGUAUAUUUGGUAGAGAUAAAAAAAGAAAAAGAAAAAGAAAAAACAAAGAGGGCAGUUUGUUUUCUUGUCUAUUACUAAUGAUCUAUACAUUGAUUUCAUUCAGCAACUCCAAUGCAAGAACUGUGUGAACUUCAGCCGCGGUUAGUUGAUUAGUAAUGAUAUAGCUGCUAUGUAAGGUAAUCCACGUGUCAGUGGCAAGUGAUAAAAUUAUCGAUUCCCACAACUUAACGUCAGUUAAAGAAAUAUAAAGAAGAGUACAUGUAAGACCUGAAAGAGAGAGAAAUUACGAAACGUCGGUGCUUCUUGUCCCCCCCCUUCACCUAAAGAUGCUAAGUAGCUUGCGGCCUCACUGGUCACUGGUUGGUAGUGGCGCCUACUGAAUUGGUAUGUGAGAGGAACGCGUGCAGGCCCGAUCGAAGGCUGAAAUCUUUUUCCCGUUUCAAUUCCUGAAAUUUCUGCACUUUGUUUUCCUAUCAACGUGUCACUCGCUCAUUCUAUGAACUUUAUAAGCUACUCUUGUUUUCACUUUGAUGUCAAAUCUCCUAAUUAACAUGUUCACUGUAAUUUUCUUACAGCGAAUUCGAUCCUGAAAGGAGUCCUCGAAGGGCCGAAAGCAUACCAAAUACGUACAAUAAGGUAUGAAGAAAUGUCUUUAUUCUCUAACUCGAAUAGCUUCUAGUGUUUAGAUAUGAAAUAAGUUUUGGGAAGUAAGAGCGUCACAACUUCCCUUAGUUAUAUGCCAUCCGUGAAUAAGAUCUGUGCUAAAACUACCCGCCACCCUUUUCCCUUCUUCCUUAUCACGACCAAGUGUUCAAAACUGUUUUCAUAUUGAUUGGAACUGAAGUACGGUCAAGAAUAUCUACAACAGUUGUUUUAUGUUUUUGUUGCCUUAUGUAGACGGGCAUGUGAGGUGAGACGAGGUGAAAUCAAUAAAAGCAGCCUUAUUUACUGCCAUUGCAAACCAGCUUUGAAAUUUUGACUUUACUGACGAGAAUUAGCACUCUACAAGAUCACGACAUGACUGUUAAUAGUUGUCUUGUGCACUUAAAAGUAUAGAGACCGCCAUGGAAUAGGGGAAGUUUUGUUUUGUUUCGGUGUUUUUUCUUUUCUCGCGUUGCAGAAAACACCGAAGCUGAACUGCUGUAGCGUUUUCUUCGUAUUUGAGCUUGCUCCUUUAUAAAUUUACCAAGUUGUCAAGCCAUUUGACCAUCAAAGAAAUCCCAAGAAUUUCGAUAGCAUUCACCCAACGUAGAUACAUUUCCUCGCCAUCGAUAUUCUGAAAGUGAAUCUAAUCGAAUCUGCACUUUAACUUCAGGUAUUUCGCUCACAAUCUUCAAUCAGCAGUGAGCGAGGACAAACUACUUGCGCUGUGUAUGCAAACCUUCCAUGCUUAGAAGAAGAAAAGCAAUGGGAAUUCCCCAAGAACAAGCUUCAUAUAGAAAAGUAUGUUGGCAAGGGUGCAUUCUGCGUGGUUGCUCAAGCCCGUGCUGAAGGACUGGGAACUGUGGCUGUCAAGAUUCCGAAAGGUAUGACAAGAACAGUACGAUCGCGCAAAAUUGUGUAGAAAUUGAAAGAUCACGCUUAUGAAAUUCUUUUUUUCACUUUGGCUUGAAUAAGGUUAUGGGUAGAUAUAUCUGAUUUGACAGCUUUUUCAGUGCUCUCAUUGCUUCUUAUAAUUCGAUGCGUAGAUGUAUGUGCAAAUUAUUAUAACAUAGCGCGCGCUUUAGUACUGCUUAAUAUCUUGGAAGCUACUGUGAUCUAUAUCUCUACCGUAAGUACGGCUGCGUACUUUCCGUCGAAUUCGGCCGAGAGGUUCCAACCUUUCAACAUUGUUUUCCUCGCUCAAUCCCCAAUCAAGAUAAACCUUUUGGAGCUCAAAAUGAAAAUGUAAUAUGCUAAAUAAUACUCGAUUCUAAAAGCAAUGAACAUGUAGCUCUUACGGGCAGGAAUGUUGGAUGUUGGAGUUCACGAUACUUCAUUCCCAAUCGUGAUAGAAUUAUGGCUUGAAAAGGAAAACUGAGCUAGCUGAAUUCAAGCGAAACUUUGUGACCGUGGUACCCUUCUUUAGAACCUUGAAUAUCAUCUGCAAAUGUCGAUAUGUCCCAAAAGAAUUAUUCAAAAUCAGAUUUUGUUUAAAAAUCGUACAAUUUCAGAAUUUUCAACCAAGAACUACGCAGUUUUCUGGCCGUGAAUUCUAGUAAACAACGAUUCAAGCAGGGUAAAUUAAUUAUGUAAGUUUCGUACAUGACAGAAAUUCAUGUAUUGUUCAAUUCGAACCAAAAGAUUUAGUAUUUCGUUGAAUGAAGCUUCUGUCUCGAACAUUUCUUGGUCGUUCCUGCCUUGCCUUGUAUUCAUAGUUUCGGGUACGCAGACUCGGAUGUAACAAAAUUCUUUCUUCGUGUAAAAUUUGUGUCUGCAAUCUGGUAAAAGAACCAAUUCUUCAUUGUUACGGAAGAUUUACAAAAUCAGAAAGUGCAGUAUUAGUUAUUAAGUUUGGCAGCCCUCCGCGCACGACUGAAAAUAAAAUUUACCCCUCUACUCCACAAUUUUUUUGUUUCAGAAAACUCUACAGAUUCAAACAAGGAAGACUUGUUAGCAGAAUACGAACUCAUGAGACAGCUUCAACAUCAUCCUAAUAUAAUUCGUCUGAUGGGCGCAGUGACAAUGUCAGGUAUGUCCACACCAUAUUGUGUACUAUUUUUUUCCAUUUAGAAGUUGCAAAUCCGAUUCAGUGAAAGGUGCACCCAUUUGAUGCUGUGAACGAUCCUUUCACAGUGCAGUGAAGUUACGUUACCAAUUGCUUAGGAACACGGUGUUUGGGGAGUACAUCUCACAUGUAGGUUGUUUGGAACGAAAUGCACCUAUUAACCCUGAUGCUCAUUGAUCUUUGGAGGGCACUUUUUUUGAAGGGGUGAGACAGACGGUGGCUUAAGGGUUUGUGUACUGUACUCCGGUUCAAGAGGACCGGGUCAUUUUGUUGUGUUUUAGGACAAGAUAUCUCAGUCUCACAGAGCUCCCACCCUCCCACCACCUCCCACAUAGGUUUAAAUGUGUACCGGUGAACUUUCAGGAAGGCCUGACGAAAUGCUGGAUGGGGGUCUGAGGAGGGGACAUUGGAUUAGCGCCCCAUUCAAGAAGAGUCGCAGUUUUGUAGUAGCUUAAUGCUGAUUUACCUUCACUGCCACUUUUAAGAUAAUAACGCACAGGAGAACGGAUAUUGAUCCCAUUGGCUUAACUUUAACAUUUCAGUAGAAAUUUUGGACCAUUUUUGAUACUAUAAGGUCAUUGAGACUGUUUGAAAACCACCCCCCCCCCCCUUACCAUUCACUGUUUGACGACCUUUGUGACAAAGUGGCAAUCUUCCUCAUGGCUUGUUCCGCUCGAUUUCCAGAUCCAGUAAUGGUUCUCUUCGAGUAUAUACCAUUUGGUGAUCUUCUCGGUUACUUAAGAAGAUCCAGAGGCCUCAGUGACAAUUACUAUAAAGAUCCCGAUGUUAAACCAUCAAGUUCUCUUUCAUCUAAACAGCUUCUUAAAUUUUCUCGAGAAAUUGCUGAUGGUAUGGCUUUCCUGUCAGCAAACAAGGUAAACAGAGUCGUAACCAAUCAGUUUUGAGUCCACUUAAUCGCACUUUAAAAGAGCCGAACUGCACUUUUGUGAUUCUUAAGAUGUAAUCCAACCGUUCGAAAAUUGUCUGUGAAUGCAUCUAUGCUGAAAACUUACCACAACGGGCCAGUGGGGUAAACGUUGAACUUCAAGAAUUAUAUCAGGAUGCAAAAUUUAUAAAGUUCCUUUUAGGGAAUGUAUAAGUUUGCCAUCUUGCAAAUCUGGAAUUGACUCUGAUUGUAGUUACAUUUCCCUCAUCACGUUCAUAUUGACCUGCAAAACAGUCUUGUGAUCAGUAAGAUAAGCCUUACAGGAAUAUUCAGAACGUAACCUGAUUUAAUCAUUACCAUUACAAUUUCCUCAAAUGUAACUGGUGCAUUAGAAGCUUUAUUUUUCACUAAUCACUCUGUACACAGUGUAAACAGACAGUUGGCUGUAAUCGGAAACCUAUAAUCGGACAGUUGAAGCAGCCGAUCAUACUGAGCCCUUUCAGCUGAAUCUACUAUUCACAAUAUUGUAUAUCCUAAGAAAAACCGGGGAAUUACCAAAAUGGAGGAAUUUUUUAACUUAAGACACUCUCUCAACUGAAGAUAUUUGUUCUAGACGUAUCUGUUUUUUCGGAAAUUUUAAUGGUUAUGAUUAAUUGGUAAUUGAAAUUCUUGUCGUCUAAUUCUGUCUGUAAACAUACUCACGAUUAAUCGGACUCACGCUUCGCGGUCGUCGAAUUUUGUUAAGCGCUCGUAUGAUUACAGACCAAAUUGGACUCCACUCGGUCCUAUUGCCAUUAUUAAUUAUGAUAUCGCAAGCUAAGCCGUAAGAUAAUGGCUAUACGUAGAUUGAUUUUGGGUUGGAGUUUCAGUUGUCAUAAACUUUGAAAUAUGGAAGUUGAUUUUGUUAGCAUCAUAAAACCAAGCUUUACUUUGACAUUAUAGAAGCUCUUUUUCAGAUUUAUAGUCUUUAAAGUAAUCACUGCGAAAGCUUUAUCUUGAGUACUCUAAUUUGUGACCGGUGACCAAAGGUUAACCUGUUUGAUUAUGCGAAAUCAGCUUUCUAACAACACAAGAGCAAUUAUGACGAAAACAAAAAACGAUCAAGCGCAUGUUCAAUUGCGCAGGGGUCCUAUUCCAUUGGCUUAAUUGCAAAUCUCCGACAAUAACAUAUGAUCACUUGAUUUUUUUCCCAACUCCUUUAGAUAGUUCACCGCGACCUAGCGGCCAGAAACGUACUUGUAGGCGAGGAAGAAACAUGCAAAAUAACAGACUUUGGGAUGGCCAGAGAUGUACAAGGAGGUGAUAUUUAUCAAAAACGGUCAAAGGUACUAUCAUCUGACCCUUUGGCAUGGAAGGGGGUUCAUCGUACUCCAAGCCAAGUACACGCCCCUUUUCAACCUUCCCAAACUGUCCUCUGCGUGGUUUUGUGGCGCAAAAAAAACUGUCUGCACCCUUAAUAGGCAUGCAAUCUAAAUAGUACCGAGCAUGCCCCUCAAAAAUUUGUUUCAAUACACAAGUAAGACGAUGGCCAAAAUCAUAAACUUAGAAAGCCCUACAACAUGUUGUUUAGCUGAGCGCAACUCUAAUUAUGAAGCAACCUGUGGAAACAUCAUGAGAACAUAGAUUUUACCGAGCCAUAGUAGGUUGUAUAUAUAUGAGUUUACCUUUUUCCAGCAAUUUUUGACAAAUCACCUUUUUUUUUUCCUACUGUACUACAAUGUUUUUAUGUUUCAGGGUCGCCUCCCAGUGAAGUGGACUGCAGUGGAGGCAUUGCUGUAUGGUUCCUACACUACAAAGAGUGAUGUGUAAGUAAUUUUUUUUUUUGAUGCGGAAAGCGUUUUGCGAAUAUCAGAUAAACCAGGGUAACAGCACUUUUAAUGCAAAUUAUCCAAUUCAAACUAGCCAGUUGAGCUACUUACAUUUUUUAAGAAGCUUAAGCUCCAAUGUUUUGAGAUAGGGAAGGCAGCUUGAGUUAGGAAGGUUUGCAACGUAGCUUUUUAGUCAGCACACUUAUUUCUUUUAAAAAAAAUUGUAAAACGACGAACUUAAUCCAUUUGUUUCCAAGCGCGUGUAAAUUUCUUCUGUUAUUCUUUCUGCUGCCGCGUGCGUCUGCUCCUCUCUUCUUAAGUUCUCAGUUGUACGAUUAUUUCGCUUACAGCACUUCUACCAGUAUGUACAAGUAUGCAUAAGUUGAUCAGCAUUCGUACUCUUAUUUUUCAGGUGGAGCUAUGGAAUUGUAUUGUACGAAAUCUUUACCAUAGGUAAGGUAGCAUGUGCAUUCUAAACCUAUUCUGAAAUUAAACAAAUAGGUUCUGGGUUAGCGAACCGCGAAUCACCAGAGAGAACGCGUUUACUUUGUUUUGAUGCUUGUUCGUUGACUUCGACUGUUAUUUCUUGAAAGGAGGUCGUCCAUACCCCACGGUUCCAGCUCACAAUAUCCCCUAUAAGAUAAAGGGUGGUUACAGAAUGCCUAAACCUGCCCACUUAGACGAUGACAUGUGAGUACAAAAUCCUUGUGAUUUAGACAUAUUUUUUUGUGGUAGCUUUUGUAAUCGUAACGUUUUACUUCAGAGCCGCUUAAAGUAACAGGGACCUUAAUGUAACAAAUCACAAAGGUUAAAGCAACUAAACAUGGCAAAACUAUCAGAGCUAUUGUCGACAAUUAGGUCCACAGCAUUAAAAAAGAACCCCGGCCGGAGCUUAUUCCAGUUAGGUUUGCCCAACAUUUUGCAGGGUGGAGAGGGAGGCACCGUGUGAGUGAAGCGUCCUGCCCAAGAACACAAAACAAUGACGACCCGAUUAGUCUCUAAUACAAACCUCAAGCCAUUCAAGAAAUUCCAAAGGCGAAAACAUUACUGAAUUUUUUUCCAACACCUGCUUUACUUGAGCGUCACCAGCUUUCAAAAAUUUCUUCGAAAACUAUUUUGUUUGCGACGGAGUAAUGUCAUUCUGACAACACUCAUGCGUGAAAUUCAAUUUUAAAAGUUUAUUUAGGAUGAGUCAGUCAGUUUUCUAGUAUACGCAUCCCGAUUCAAUCUUAACUUGUGCACCCUGAAACUAAUGGUUCUACGAAAAGAACCUGUGCUUCGCCAGAUACGAAAAGCCACUAAAAAAAAUACUCAUUAGAUGUGGCCAAAAAAUACAUGGAAACGUAUUCCUUAUCCAAUGCAGCAGCACUACUAAUCACAAAGAAAAACCUAUGAUUAUAACGAUAUCUUAAAGGGGUUGGAAUAUUAAAAUUACAACAAAUAAGAAAAAGAAAGUGGUUAAACAUAAGACUGACCGAGCAAAGAUGACUUAGUAUUCCCGCGAAACGCUUAAAUUAUGUGAAACUCUCAUGAUGCUACGCGAACCUCUCUAACGUACAGGAUAUUAAUUUCUGACCAAUUCUUUUCCAUGCCACUCAAACGUCAGAAUUUACAUUUUGUAGCUGCUCGUUUUCUAUAUUUUUGGCGGCAGAUUUUAAGAUAAUAGCUGAUCUGAUUUACGUUUGCAUCUUCAGCUAUGCGCUGAUGUCUGAAUGCUGGGAUAUGGAGCCGGACCGCCGUCCGACAUUUGAUUCUAUUAGCAGAACAGUCAAACGGCUUGAGCACGGUCGCAAGGUG